AUGACUGAAGUUCAAGCGGAGGCACUGGACAUGGUACAUUUCAUUGCCAAGAAGCACGCCAUUGAACUCAAGCUCAAGCGAGGCGAUCUUGAGAUCUUCAACAACCACGCUCUUAUGCAUGCUCGCAGCAGCUUCAUCGAUGAUGACAGUGGCAAGCGCCACCUCAUCCGUCUUUGGCUCAAGAGCGAUGACCAUGCCUGGACAACUCCUCUCGCGCUCGAGGAGUCUAGCUUCGAAAUUUAUGGGGAAAGCGAGUUUCGUAGAAACCCAGUGUGGGAUAUUGAACGGUCACCGCCACAGACUCGCGGUACCUUGCGUCGCAUGAAGUGUAACUGA